GUUUUCAAAGGCCAGGCAGGCUCUCGGAAGAAAAAUAUUUCACAGGGAAAGAUAAAGAGUGAGACAAUUAUACAGAGGGCGAUGGAAGCUUCUCUCAUGGGCACUCAAGACAAGUCACCAAACGCUAACAAUUCCAUGCAGCGUGUUAAGGUAUACCGCCUGAAUGAGGAUGGGAGAUGGGAUGACCAAGGAACUGGCCAUGUUAAUGUUGAUUAUCUGGAGAGAUCUGAAGAUCUGGGAUUGUUUGUUAUUGAUGAGGAAGACAAUGAAACAUUAUUAUUGCACCGGAUCAGCUCACAAGAUAUAUAUCGAAAGCAAGAAGACACAAUUAUAUCGUGGAGAGAUCCAAAGUUCUCUACUGAAUUGGCCCUUAGCUUCCAGGAGAUGACUGGUUGCUCUUACAUAUGGGACCAUAUAUGUACCGUGCAAAGGAAUAUACAAUUUAGCUCUCUUAGUAAUGAGACAUACCAUAAUGUCAAUAAUGGGUUGAGAGAGUUGCCUCCAGUUGAGCUAUCUACUCUCCCUUUGAUACUUAAGACUGUAGUUGAGAGUGGAAUUGCAGAUCAAUUGCGCGUUAAUGAACUCAUACUACAUGAUCGAGAUUUUUUCAGAAAGCUGGUGGACUUGUUUAGAAUUUGUGAUGAUUUGGAAAAUAUUGAUGGUCUUCACUUGAUUUUCAAAUUAGUUAGAGGAAUCAUUUCACUAAAUAGUCCCCAGAUUUUUGAGAAAAUAUUUGGGGAUGAAUUGAUCAUGGAUAUAAUCGGAUGUCUUGAAUAUGAUCCCGAGGCAGCUUAUGUUCAUCAUCGCAGCUUCUUAAAUGAGCAUGUAGUUUUCAAGGAGGCCAUACCUAUUAAAGACCCUUUAAUCCUUUCCAAGAUACAUCAAACUUACAGAAUUGGUUAUCUGAAGGAUGUCAUUUUGCCCAGAGCAUUGGAUGAGGCCACUGUUGCAAGUCUUAAUUCCAUAGUUCAUUCAAAUAAUGCAACUGUUGUUUCGUUGUUGAAAGAUGACAGCACCUUCAUUCAGGAAUUGUUUGCAACAUUGAAGUCUCCUACUACUACUUCAGAAUCAAAAAAAACAUUGGUACACUUCUUGCAUGAGUUUUGUACAUUAAGUAAGAGCUUGCAGAUGGUUCAGCAGCUCCGGCUAUUUAGGGAUCUUGUCAGCGAAGGCAUAUUUGACAUCAUAGCUGAUGUUUUGCAGAGUGAAGACAAAAAGCUUGUGUUGACUGGGACAGAGAUCCUCAUUCUGUUUCUGAAUCAGGAUCCAAGUAUUUUGCGCUCUUAUGUAACCAGGCAAGAAGGUGUUCUCUUUGGACUUCUGGUGAGCAAUACUGGAUUCUAUAUAAUUUUCUAUGCAUGUGAGGAGAGAGAUACUAUUGUUGAAAUUUUCUACGAGAAGCACUUCGGUCAAUUAAUUGAUGCUAUAACAUCAUCAUGUGCAUCAAAUGAUUCUGCUCAAACAGGCAGUAAGUUUGUGAGCUCAGAUGGAGGAACUGGGGAUCAAAGUGGAGUGAAACCUGAAAUACUUUUGAACAUUUGCGAUCUUCUAUGCUUCUGUGUUUUGCAGCAUCCUUAUAGAAUAAAAUGUAAUUUUUUACUUGACGACGUGAUCGGUAAGGUUUUGUAUUUGACAAGAAGACCGGAAAAGUAUCUUGUAGUUGCUGCUGUUAGAUUCGUGAGGACUCUUAUUUCUCGCAGUGAUGAGCAUCUGAUGGAUCACAUUGUGAAGAACAACCUUUUCAAACCCAUUGUAGAUGCAUUUGUUGGUAAUGGGGAUCGAUACAAUCUAUUGAACUCUGCCAUUCUUGAACUUUUUGAACAUAUCCGAAAGGAGAACUUGAAGUUAUUACUUAGAUAUGUAGUUGAUUCUUUCUGGGAUCAGUUAGUCAAAUUGGAGAACUUACCUUCCAUUCAAGCUCUGAAAGUUAAAUACGAGCAGUCCCUAGAGACUGACGGAGCAAGAAGCAAUGCUAGUUUGUUAGACCAGAGGAAACGGACAGAUGAGCGAGCUUUGGAGAAAGAAGAAGAAGACUACUUUAAUGACAGUGAUGAAGAAAAUUCUGCAUCAGUGGCUACCUCUAACAGAGUGCAAUCUCAGCCUGUCCUGGCUAAUGGGCCUAGUGGACUUGUUGACUACGAAGAUGACGAGGAUGAUGAGGAUUACAAGCCUCCACCUAAAAAACUGUCUGAUAUAUCCGAGGAAGAUGAGGGACUGGCAGAGUUCCGGUUAAAACGCAAAUUAGUUACAGAGGAGGAGCCGGAGCCAAAAAGGUUGAUGCAGUCGCCAAAAGGCACAAAGCCAAGAGAGGGUGUACUUGCUGCCUUGUGCUCUACACUGACUCAGGCUGUAAUACCAAGUAAGAAAUCUAAAACUGGUGCUGGAAUUGAUGGUCCCCAGUUGGAUGCAAACAGUAAUAAUAUAGAACGAAAUUGCAAUGUAAAGGGGUCUAUAAGGUUGGCUGAUGAUAAUAGAAAUACAGAUGUGGAAACCCAUGCAAAAGAUGAAGCUGCUUCUCCUAGAAGCUUUUCUGAUAGCUUGCAUGAUUACCCAGAUAAUAGGCAGCGGGUUGAUGACUGUGCAUUGCUAUCGCCCAAGUCCUCACCGGAAAUGGCUGUGAAUGGAUCCUGAGAGGUCUCUCUGGAAAGCUAUCCAUGUAAUUUACUAGUUAACACUUCUGCUGUGGAAGAGUGGGCCAUGGCUAUCUCAACUUUCAAUAGAGAACUUGACCAAAAGGAAUGGGCAAGGAUGCGGAGGGGUAUUUCAAAUGAAUACCCCUUGACACGGGGAGGAUACUGUACAGCGCUGUAGCAAUGCAGAGAUUACCUGUAGGCUUCCCUAAUUUAGUUUUCCUGCCAUUUUAGGCGGAGUACUUGUCUGUAAAACAUUCAAUAACUAUAGUUUUUGCUUCUCCAAUUCUCCCUUGCUUGCGCUUUUGAUGAUUUUAGAUUUUUUAUAUGGUUAAUGCGAACUCUCUAAUAUUCUGUAUAGUUAUUGUUUCUUUAUUAGACAAUUUUGUGCGACCAAGAGAGGUUGAGGCACGUUUAGGCCAUAUUGUGUUCAAAUGUUUUUGUAUUUAAUAUCUGUAUAGUAUUUAAAGGGAGUGAUUGUUGAGGCGUUAA